AUGAAUGAAGGUGGUGGUAAACGUUCGGAUGAUGAAGGUGAUGAUUUAUUAUGGAACGAUUUUGAGAGUUGUGCCCAGUCGGUCACACUCCUGUAUCGAAAUCCAUCGUGGAAGGCUAUGCAAACAGCUGCUGCAUCCACUACCCAACUUUAUAAAAGUGGUAUCGAACAUAAGAAAAAAGCAUAUGAUCGAGGUUUUAUAGCGGGUAGACAAACUCUAGCACGUGAAAUUUAUGCUUUGCGUCGUUAUAAUGGAGUUUCUCUUGAUGAUAUCUGGAAAUUAUUAUCAAAAAUUGUUUGUGCUGCGGAAUACGGGUAUUCUUCGCGGAGUCCAACUCCGGAACAAACUGACAGUCCAGCAGUUUCAUUCUUUCAACAGGCGUUGUGUAUCCCUGCUAAUGUCGCCUGCCCACAACGUGAUACCGAAUUGAACAGUUUUUUAUCACGUCAGGUUCAUCGGCGGCGUAAACGACGUCAUUCGCCAACGGAGUUUCCUUACAAAAAGAUCUUCCGCUCAUAA